AAUGUCAUAGAAUAUUUGUGGGGUGGCGUUUACAAAACCUCUCCUGGUUUCCAAUGUUUUAGACUUAGUUUUUGAUCAAAUUUCAAUACAAGACAUAUGGUGAUCUCUCCAGGUUUAUUGACCAUUUGCCAUCCGUUGAAAAAUCGAUGGAAAAGUUGUAUAAUAGUCACACGUAUGCUGCACAACGUAUUUGUAUACGGAACGUUGAAGCGAGGCGAACCAAAUCAUUAUUUGUUGGAAAAAGCAGAGAAUGGAAUAGGGAAUUUCAUUGUUGAAGGGAAAACCAAGACCAAAUACCCAUUGAUUAUAGUCACAAAAUAUAAUAUUCCUUGUUUAUUGCACUACCCUGGUAGAGGAUUUCAUGUGAGAGGUGAAAUUUAUGAAGUAGACGACAAAAUGUUAAGUAAAUUGGAUAAAUUAGAAGGCCAUCCUAAUUACGCCACUAGGGAAAUUGAUGAUAUUGAAGUUAUGAGACGACAAGGCAAUGAAAUAAUAAAGUGCUGGGUAUAUUUUCUUAAGCAAUUUAAGGUGGAAUUGCUGUCUGUCCCGCAUUUGGAGAACUACACGUCUUCGGGAAGCCACGGGAAGCCCUAUAUUGCCUAGUGCCUAGCAAGCUUAGGGUAAACAGUAUUCAACGUCGCUCUUAUAAAGAAGAUAUACGAAUAUUAAUAUAAUUAAUAUGUAUUACAACUUUUUUUACAGUACACUAUAACGAACGUGCCGUCGAUAUCGUUGAUUGUUUAGAUACUUUUUUUAAAUUUGAUAAAUACAGAAUAAACAUAUAAUUUUAUUUUUAA